GCGAUUUGGAACUUUUUGACUUCACUUUCUGCCUGUAAAUGAAGGCUAAACAAAACUCAUCUACAUCACGUGCUAUCAAACAAGAAUCAUUCUCGACUUUAACAUCAUAUCACCCAGAAGAAGAAUAAAAACAGGAAACGACUUGAAUCAUUUUUCUAUAUUUUAACUUUUAAACUGCUUCAUCUUUUCACUUUGUUAUUAAGUCAAAAUGUCCGACAGGGAAUUUUCAAGUAAGUCAAGUGAAUCUUUAUAUCACGUGCUCAUCCGCCGUCUGGAGGUGAAUUAGAGGAAAGCGACGUUGGCAGCAAGUGGCCCAAGACUAUUACCUUUCAAGGAGCAUCUUUGGUAGUCAAAUUUCAUGUUCUCUGGUCCCAAUUGUUCAAGUCCUCGGAUAUCCCAAACCAAAAUCAAGAUGCCGACCUACUGCGAUAACCUGAAUCCAGGUGCUUCGUUCCUUCUCCUCUAUAAUGGCUCAUUUUUCUCAAGAACUGAAAGAAUGGAUCACAACUAACACUCCCUAGGUAAUGAUGAUCUAUCUCUUCCAAAAGGUACCACUUCUUUCUUUUUCUUCAAUACUUAUCAUCAUUAUCCGUAACCAUGGACAACGAUUGCGGUUGCUCUUCCCGCACAAGAGGGGUCAGCAAAACACCAAUCCUCACUGGCGACUGCGAUAUAUUCUGGGAUCCUAUGCUAUCAGCAUUAUCACGCAAAAAGUGCACCCAAGUCAAUAAAACAGGCUUCAGUUCUUCACCUAAGCAGUCAUCAACUACUUCGGAGGCUUCAUACCUUCGGCCCAAGGAACCGGAUCAUUACCAUAAUGACUUAGACUCAACUCAUAUCCCAUUGGAAUUCUCAUAUCAUAAGUUACCUUAUUCGUAUAAGAAACACGAAUUAUUGGCUGGAGCUGUGCCUAUUCCUCAUAGAACAUCAAGUCUAGCUUUUGGGUCAGCAUCCAAAAAUCCGGGAAAGAUGUAUUUAGUCCAACAGUCGCUGCCAUCCUCAGCUGGAACUUCUGGCUAUUCCGGAUCUUCGUCCAGUCUUAAUAUUGGUGGCAAGCAUCUCGAACAGGUGCAGAAAGUACUGGAAGACAUUCGAACAUGGCACAAAGAAGUUUCCAUAUCAAUUUCGAGAUCACAUCUUGUAAAGCCGAAAUAUUGCCACCAAAAUGAUUUCAACGUUUCAUCACAGGUUCCUCAUAAGCAAAAAAGCCGGUGUCUUGGAAGUUCAUCCAUGGAUUUUCAACAACAAAAAUCUUCGUGGGCUCAAGCUUUUGACGGAGGCUACACAACUCCUCGGAGGUAUACUUCUAGAUCACUUUCUCCUGGAUCUAAUAUUUAUCCUAUCUGGAAGAUUGAACCCGUUCCGUCCAGCAUCUAUAAAGCAAAAGCGAUGCCCGACCCCGAGAUCAGGCGAAGUCCUCGACCAAUACCUAGCCCAAGGACAUCCAGCCUUGGUGCCACCAUGUGUCCAAGACGAAGAAAUGCCGUUCGAGGUCGAAUCCUUCCAAGACCAGUCUCUGUUGUCUGCUCGACUGUGGAACCUCAUUCAUGCCAAGCACAGUUGACAGGAAGCUCGCUCGAUUGUCCAGUUUUAGAGGAUCAUUUUGUGUACCAUCUGGAUGGUGAAAUUGCUUUGAUCAGCAACGAAGAGAAUAAGAAAAUUGAUACUAUCCACUCCCCAGCAACUCCUCUUGAACAGUCGAAUCUAUCAAUCAAUUUACAAGACCAGUCACGGGAAGAUCCAGGCUGGGAAAGCCACGAAGAUGGAUUUCCCCAUAGCGAUACUGUUAUCAGGCUUUCCGCAAGACAUUCAAGUCUGCAAGCUAGCGAGUCCAUAUAUACAACGCCGUCUUCACAGGAAAGCGAAGAUGAAGAAAAGGCCAAACGUCACAUUGCAUUUGUGCAUUCAGCAUUGCGAAAUUUAGUACCCUUUGAAGUCUCAGACUAUCUCUACAGAGUUUCACAAUCGCGGGAAACUUUUGAUGAUUCUGGAAAGACUUUCUUACACGGGUUCUCGGACACAAUACCUCCUUCUAUCGAGUCCAAUUCCACGCGCCAAUCUCCUGAGACGCUUGAGCAGGAUGGGUGCUACAAAUCUGGAAGCAAUCCCUCUUUGAGAAGAUUCUCAAAUGAACAGCCUCGCCUACAUUGCCUGGAUGCAAUUGAUGAUACGAAUAUGUGGGCUCCGGGAACCGCAAUCUAACCACAAUUCUCGCAUCACCCAAGAGUUAGCUUUAACUCCACCGUCUUCCACUUACACUAAUUUGCAUUUCCAUUUCGGGAUCCUUGCUAACUCCUGCCUUCUUUAGCAACCGUCCAAAAGAUAGUAUCCGAGAUUCUCCCAGCUAGCUCUGGUCUAGCAUUUGGCAAGGAUGCUCGUGAUCUUUUAAUCGAAUGCUGUGUCGAAUUCAUCACUCUCAUCUCGUCAGAAGCAAACGAAAUCUCCGAGAAGGAAAGCAAGAAAACUAUUGCUUGUGAACAUAUUACGAAGGCCUUGGAACAGUUGGGCUUCGGAGAGUAUGUUAAAGAUAUUGUGGAGGUGGCCAGUGAGCAUAAGGAACAGUUGAAGGUACGUGUAUUAGCUUUUUCCAGGCGGUAGAUAAUAUGUACUAAUUAAGCGAAAUCAUAGGGAAGGGAGAAGAAAGCAAACAAACUCGAACAAUCGGGCCUCACCCCAGAACAAUUAUUGGCAAUGCAGGAAGAGGCAUUUAGAGAUGCCGCACAACGUCAUGGUUGAUUACUGUGUUGUUUCUUUUUCUUUCUAGUUCUUCGCUAAGAUCAGCUUCGAUUUGCUAGGGAUGGAUUGGGAGUUUUUGGUCUUCAUGCAUGGCUGGUUAGUGGGCGUUUGCUUUGGUGGGGAACGGGGAUAGGGAGGGUAUCUUCUUUCUUUCUUGUUUGUGAAGAGGCGUGGAACCGCGGUUGUGGAAAGUGGUUUACUAUUGAUAAUGAGAAACGUGGUAGUGGAGGUGGUUUAGACAGAUUGAGAUUGCUUGAGGAGGUAGCUUGUUUGUUAUUAUGCUACAGUGCGCGAAAACGACGACCUAAAUGAUAUGAGCGUUGUGCUUAAAUUUCAAGACUUUGCGAUACAUGGCUAGUGACCAUU